CAUAGAAUGCGGCGAAGAGGUCACGUGAUCACGGUAACACAACCGCUCGAGUGUGUGUAGCAAUAACAUAGGCGGCAGAGUCUGAAUGCCAUCCACGCGCAAACGAAUGCGUGCAUGCGGCAAUGUGUCUGGCCGUUUUCGUCUACAUUGAGUUGGGUUGCUUUGAAAAUCGUCACUUCAGAUCGAUGUGAAACGUCAUUUUAUUCACACACAACCAACGACAACGCCACAAAAAUUCCGAAAACUUUAACUUCAAAAACAUUAUUUUGAUGACGAUAUUUUACAUUGAAGAGAAAAUAAAAAAAGACGAACAACAACACAAUGUGCAAUGGAAAUUGUUCCGAUUUAUUUGCAAAGAAAGAAACUCAAUAAAAUGUUCAAGUAAAUUUGGUGUAUUUUGUGCAAAUGUUCGUAGUAAACAACUAAAUUUCCGAUUUAAAUGCUUGAAUUAAACGAAAAGUGAGCGAAAUAGUGACAAAAAGAAAUUUGUUUUUCCCGAUUUGUUGGUUGUUGGUUCCUUUUUUUCUGGUUGGCUGUCUUUGCCUGGAAUUCAAAGAACACCACAUGAAUUACAAUUGCCGACAUCGACCGAAUAUGAAACCUUUGAUUCAGUCGGCUGAAUCCCAUUUGAACCAGUUGCGAGGUGGCGCUCAAGUGAACGAACUAGCGAACGAGAAAAAAAUAACGAGCAUGGAAGAGUGCAACUACAUUCAAAAGUAGCGGCGUAACACAAAACAGACACCGAAAUUAAGUUCAAUCGGAAAUUGUAUGUGGCGCGACGGAAAAGAUAGAAAACGGUGGCAUAAGCGGCUGAGAUAAACAACAAUAACAGCAGCAGCAGCAGCAGCAGCAGCAGCAACAACAACAUAGAACAUGGUCCUACGCGUAAAUAUGCUAGAAUCAAUCACAUAAACACAAAACAACAGCCCCGAUUCCACCGAACAAAAAAAGCAUAAUUUAGUAUAGAGACAGAGAGUAGUGGCCUGAUUGGACUACGAACGAAACGUAUACGUAGCGCGUGCAUUCAUUCAUUCAAUUUGAGAUUUGGUUUAUGUGCAUCCAUUUCUUUUAUUUAUUUAUCCUCUGGUCUUUUUUUGUCUCUGCUCGGUGUUCAUCGGUUUUGAUUCGCUUCGAUGACUAAACAUUAAGCUGAAAGCUUAACAUUUAGCAAACCGGGCAAAAGAGCGCGAGGUGAUCAGCGCGACCGAGUGUGGAAGAGAAAGAGAGCAGCUAACGAAGGAGCGAACUUAAAGGAAAGCGCAUUGUAUGUUUAUUGUUUGUGUGUUUAAAAUAGAAAAUUGAACAAUUAUACGGUGUUGCAUUUUCUGCCCUGGCCAAAACAUACACACACACACACACUCACAAAAACAUUUCAUUUCGACAGCCCCAUGUUGUUAGUGUUGCAAUGCAUUUAUUAUAAAUGGGAGGCAAAUAGCGUAUGCAUCAGCACGGGGACCACCAACACCACCACAAACAAGCAAAAAAAGAAGAAGAAGAAAUGUUAUAAUACGAUAGAGAGAAAUAACGCACACCCAAGAAUUUAGUUCAACGAUUAAAUUUAGCCGAAAAAAAUAGUGGAGAAGAAACAUACCAACGGACGAAAGAGCGAAAGCGUAGAAAAGUAAAUACGUAAGCGCAUAAAUUCAAUAGAGUUACUGCAUGUCCAAAUAAAUUGCAAUGGAAUAGACGCAAACGAGAGUGAGAGAAUAAAGAGAAAAAAAACACAGAACGAACGGCAAACCUGCGAAAAUCGACUCUUGCAUGUGUGUAUUUGUAUGUGGAUAUUAGAAAUGUAAGCAUAAGAAACCAGAAGCAAAAUCGCGAGAGAGUGAAAGCCGAAAAGAGAAAAAAGGUACAUUCCUCUCUCACACACACACAAACAACCAUACAUAACAUAUACAUAUACUAACGGGAAAAAAAAAAUAGUUGAAAGAGAAAUUAAUGUGCUCUCUCCGACAAAUAUAUUAAUGUGUUACACGUGAAUGUGUUUUGUUGUUUCUUUUUUACAUACACGAAAAAGAAGAAUAAGAAGAAGAAAAAGAGAAAAAAAAAAUAUAUAUAUAUAUACAUAUAGAAAAAUUGGUUCAUAUUUAGUGAAAUUGUGAAGCGAUACAAAAAGAAAAAAAAGAAAUAUAAGGCAAAAUGUGUUUAUAUUAAUCAUUUCGAAUAUAUUUUAGCAAAAUAAGUGUAUGUGUUUACUGUUUAGUAUAAUAAAUGGCCAAAGUAGCAAAAUUCAAGUAAAUCCAGAGGAGAAGAAGCAAAGGAAAAAAGUUGAAUCAAAAAAGCGACACAAAUUCAGUCGGUUGUAAAAUCAAGUCGUUGUCCCCCGCCCUCAACUGAAGAACCAAGAACUGAAAUUGAGCAAGAAAAUCAAGAGAUCAGCAAAAAUAAUAAUAAACAGGACCAGAAAGAUAAAGAGAGAUAGAGAUAGAGAGAGAGAGAGAGAGAGAGAGAGAGAGAGAGAGAGAGAGUAUUUGUUCAUCGACAAGAACGCAAUACCAUUCCAAUAGAAUCAUUCAAUCUAAGACAUCUCUAAGACUUGUAAUCCAAAUAGAAAUAGCCGUAGUAGCAGCAGCAGCAGCAUCAGCUCGAAGCACAUCGCGUUCGAACAAUAAAAAGCGAAAUAAAUAGGAGCAGACAGGGAACGAAAAACAAGAAGUAAGCGAGAGAAAGGGAGCGAUAAGAGAAACCGAACGCGAAAAGCGACUGCGAUCGAGAAAGAGACAAAGAGAGAGAAAAUAUAAGUGCUUCAGAGUAAAAUAAAAAGAAAACAUAACGCGACGAAAACGAAACAGAAACACAUAAUAAUGGCGUUGCAACAUGUUUUCGGUGCAAUAAUAGCGUUUACUUGUGUCGCAUGUUACUACAACAGUACCCAGUGUGACUUUGUGUUCGACGACAUAAGUGCUAUUAAAGAAAAUCGUGAUUUACGACCUCAUACGCCAUGGCGAAAUCUAUUUUUCAACGAUUUUUGGGGCACACCAAUGCAAAAGGAACAAAGCCACAAAUCAUAUCGACCGUUGUGUGUGCUCACAUUUCGUUGGAAUUAUUUAAUUCAUGGGCUAGAGCCAUACGGUUAUCAUUUAGUUAACAUAUUACUGCAUCUAGUUGUAUCGUUGUUAUAUUUCAGAAUGUGCACUAUAUUUUUCAGUGACGUAACUAGCUUUGUAGCUGCCCUUUUGUUUGCUGUGCAUCCGAUACACAUAGAAGCGGUAACAGGUGUCGUUGGUCGAGCUGAAACAUUGUCGUCCGUAUUUUUUCUACUUGCAUUUAUAUUUUACGUAAAAUCAACACUAGAAAAAAAGAGCAAGCUAACCGGAUGGAAAUAUCUGGCAAUUUCAAUGAUUUCGGUAGCAACGGCUAUGCUGUGCAAAGAACAGGGGAUUACAGUCACGGCUAUUUGUGCUGUUUAUGAAAUAUUUGUUAUACAAAAGAUCUCAAUUCGAAAUAUUGUGCAUUGUCUGCGUUGCAUCGUUAGUGGAAAAAGUUUUAUAUUGCCAUCUGGUACUUGGACAUCGGAUACAAAGAAGCGCUUAUGCGUGCUUUUCCUAACGACGAUAGGACUAUUAUUUGCACGUUUCAAAGUAAUGGGUUCGCAGUUACCGGUCUUUACAAGAUUCGAUAAUCCAGCAUCGGUGGCACCUAGUCCAACGCGUCAAUUAACCUACAAUUAUUUAACAUCGGUGAAUUUUUGGCUGCUGUUGUUUCCAUGCGAUUUGUGCUGUGAUUGGACAAUGGGAACAGUGCCUUUGGUCGAAGCAUUUUUCGAUGCACGCAAUUUGGCCACACUGGCAACAUACUCACUGUUGAUCGCAUUACUUUGGGUGGCAUUCAACACGGAUAAUCAACAGAGAUCGGCCGCUAUCAUCAUGGGCACUGCAUUCAUGGUGAUACCAUUCAUACCAGCAUCGAAUUUAUUUUUUCCCGUUGGUUUUGUGAUUGCUGAACGUGUACUGUACAUGCCAUCGAUGGGCUUUUGCAUCCUGAUCGCGUACGGUUUUCACGUGCUCCAUGAAAAGCACCAUCAAAAUCGAAAGUUGAUCUGGUUAUUUAUGUGCAUCUUGAUUGGAUCUCAUGCCAUUAAAACAUAUCAUCGUAAUUGGGAUUGGAAGACUGAGUAUACGAUAUUUAUGUCUGGUUUGCGUGUCAAUCAGCGCAAUGCAAAACUCUUUAACAACGUUGGCCAUGCGCUCGAAGGUGAUGGCAAUUAUGCGGAUGCGUUAAAAUACUUUUUGGCUGCUGUACAAGUGCAACCGGACGAUGUUGGUGCGCACAUAAAUGUUGGCCGCACCUACAAUCAUCUCAAACGAUUCCAACAGGCGGAAGAGGCAUUUUUACGUGCAAAAUCGUUGCUACCAAAAGCGAAACCAGGUGAAACGUAUCAGGCACGCAUCGCCCCAAAUCAUUUGCAUGUAUUUUUGAAUCUCGCCAAUUUGAUAUCGAAAAAUCAUACACGGCUGGAGGAGGCUGAUUUAUUGUAUCGACAAGCGAUUAGCAUGCGAUCGGAUUACACACAGGCAUACAUAAAUCGUGGCGAUAUUCUGAUCAAAUUGAACCGCACCAAAGACGCACAGGAAGUGUACGAACGAGCGCUGCUCUAUGACAGCACUAAUCCGGAUAUUUAUUAUAAUCUGGGUGUUGUAUUGUUGGAACAGGGUAAAGCCUCACAAGCGCUUGCCUAUUUGGAUAAAGCAUUGGAAAUUGACCCCGAACAUGGCCAAGCAUUGCUCAAUUCAGCGAUUUUGCUGCAAGAAUUCGGACGGCCCGAACUUCGAUCAAUUGCACGCGAACGCUUACUUAAGCUGCUCGUAAUGGACGACAAAAACGAGCGUGUGCACUUUAACAUGGGCAUGCUGGCCAUGGACGAUAAAAACAUUGAAGAAGCAGAGAAUUGGUUUCGGCGUUCCGUGCAUUUGAAACACGAUUUCCGGAGCGCCCUAUUCAAUUUGGCAUUGCUGCUGGCCGACGAUCAACGACCACUCGAAGCCGCCUCGUUUCUCAAUCAACUCGUCAAAUACCAUCCGGAUCACACGAAAGGCUUGAUUCUACUGGGGGACAUUUACAUCAACCAUGUUAAAGACUUGGAUGCCGCCGAAAAUUGCUACAAACGCAUUCUCCAAAUCGAUCCGUUAAACAUUCAGGGAUUGCAUAAUUUAUGUGUCGUUUAUGUGGAACGUGGAAAAUUAACGCAGGCACUCGAUUGUCUACAGCACGCCCAUAAAUUGGCACCACAAGAGGAUUACAUAUUGAAACAUUUGAAAAUCGUUCAACAGCGUUUGGCUAAUUUGAAACAGUCACCGGGUAUGCAUCAUCAAAAGACGAUUGCCUUUGCCAAAUACGAUCCAAAGGAUUUUGGUGGUGCGGCUACCGAUAACGGUUUUACGGGCGGUGCGGGUAAUCAGCGUGAAGCGAUGAUGAUGCCAACAAAAAGUUCCGAAACAACGACGACGACGACGACGACGACAACAACAACUGGUAGCAGCAGUAGCGGUAGUAGUAGCAGCAGUAUUGGCAACAGUGACACGACAUCGACGGUGCGGCAAACAUUAACAACACCAACAACAACACCAAAUACCGAACCGAGAGCAACCACCGUCACAAAACCAAAAGCUUCGGCAACGAGUCGAGCAGCUCGAAUUUCUAGCGAAAAUCAAAAAUUGCCUGAUGACAGUACAAUUUCGUUGGAUGCGAAACAUCUCAUCAAUAAAAACGAUCAGAAAAUUAAUAAAAAUCAUCAUCGAUAUCGCAAUCAACAGCAGCAACAACAGCAGUUCAUUCCAGAUAACUCACUACCGAUGUUUGUUCACGAUUCAGACGAUCCAUCAUCAGGUACGUCAUAGUAUCAAAAAUUGUUUUUAUUGAAAUUGAACAUGAAAUGAAUGCCGAAAACGAAUAUAUACACACCCACACACAAAUACUCACCAUCCAUGCACAUGGAAUGGGCUAAUGGCAGAGACAAAAAAAUAGAAUAUGUAUUAAAUGGAUAGAAAUAACAACAACCGAUGAAAAAAAAAAACAAAAACCAACAACAACCCAGUGGAACACUUUUAUUAAAUGUGCAUCGAGUGAGAGAGAAUGAGAGAUGUGUGUUUUACGCGUACAUGUGUUGUGAAUGUAUAUGUUGUAUGUUUAUAUGCAGCUAAUUAAAAACAUUCCUCAUCCCCUCAUGCAUGCAACUAUAACACGGUCUGACUGAAGCGUCAGAUGGAAAAUCAUUUAUUAAUCUAGCAAAAUUUAAUUGAAAACUGGCCAAUGCCACACACCAUUUGAGAUGAGAUUGAAAAAAAAAAAACAAACAAAUACACACAAUACCAACUAACAACCAUAACAACAACAAAAAGAGAUGAAUCUCGUUUUUUUCUACACAACCGCUUGUUUGUUAAAAUAUCAACCACGAAAGUUCUAUUGGUUAUAAAUUAAUUGUUUGAAAAGACAAACAGAAGGAGAAAUCGAGUUGACACAAAAAAAAGGUUAAACGAAAUCCUUUGCUAAAUGAAAAAAAAAAAGAAAAUCGAAAUAUUGAAAACAAAAAAAAAAACCAACUCGUUAUUACGUUUUAUUUUGUAUAUUUUGUACGGAUCUAAAUUUAGUGUAAACAAUAAUGAAAAUAUAUGUAUAUGGUAAAAUGAGAUAGAAGUGAAACAAUAGGUUGGAGAAUAUGUUGAACCAAAUCGGAAAACCGCAUUCAUAAAAUGUAUCACAUUUUGCAGUGAUUGAACGUGUGAGCCAAAACGCACGCGGCAUAUUUUUAAAUCUCGUGCAGUCCCACAAAGCUGCACAUAACGCAUACACACACAGACUCAUGUGGGAUUACAAUAAUUUUUUUACUGAACCAAACAGACAACAAACAAAAACUAACACACACAAAAAAAAACUGAGCAACAUUUAUCAAUUAAAACAGUACACUGAUCACAAGCAUUGACUUAACUAAAUUCCGAAGCUUCUCUCGCGCCGACCCAAAACGACCGCUUGAAAUGUGUACGUGUGUGUUUUUUUUUAGGCAAAUGCAAACGUUAGAAAUGUGGAACUCACUAUCCCAUACAACACAAAGAAAAAUAGAAACAAAACAAAAGAGAGAAGGAAUAAAUAUUUUUAUAGAUAAUGUGAAUAAAGAAAAUACGAGUGACAAAACAAAAAUAAAAACUAUGCUAAGUUGAAUGGGUUGAUGAUGGGUCGUGUGUGUGUGGAUGCGCGAUGCACACUUUUUUUUAGCAUCCAUGCUUGUGACAGUUUGCAACAACAACAACAACAUUCAUUGAAAUAUGUAUGUGACGCGCGAUAGUUUACAGUGAUAAGUCGGUAAUAAUAAGCACAAUAUUUUUAUUUGUCUACAAUAUAUUGGAAUAACUCUAUCGAUCAUCAUUUUGUAUAUCAUUUUAUCUCAAUCACUUUUGACCUCCUUACCCACCCUCCCAUACGUUGUGUCUCUCUGUAAUUUCCGUUCGUUUCGUUUUUUUCUUCUUCUUCGUUUCUUUGUAAAUGUGAAUAUCCCUCGUAAUAUGUUGUCUAGCUUUUUUGGCAUAAAUCGUAAUGAAAUAACAAAAAAUAAACACUUAGAACAAACAAAGAAAAAAAAACAAACACAUACAAACUCACAAACCCACACCACACUCAAUGAAAAUAUCAAUAUAAAUGUUUGAAGCGUUUUAAGAUAAGUUUUCAUUUGAAAUGUUCGGCGGUACAAACCACAAAACAAAACAAAAACCGUUGAAAUGCUUCGCAAAUGGAUAUGUCUACACAUACGAUUUAUUUUAAUUUAUAAGAUGUGAAUGAAAGUGAGAAAAGACAACAACAAACCUAAACAUUAAAUUUUCAGAGGAUGUCAACGGAUGAUAGAAGAAAAUGAAAGAAAAGUAUGCAUAUAUUUAAACAUGAUAUAUGAUUAUAUAUUACUACAAUAAUAAUAAACAACUAUUAUUAUUAUAUGUCUUAAUGUAAUUGUAAUGUGAUGAAAGCUUUAAAAGACUGUUUUCUGUAAUUAAAUUAAACAAAUAAACAAGAAAAGAAAAUGAAGUGAAAAAAAUUCGCAAGAACAACAACAAAAUAAGAAAGAUAAAUCGAAACUGAGUGUAAAUCGAGAAAAAUCCGAAUACAAAAAUAUGAUGAUGUUUAGUCUAGAAGCGAAACAGAUGAUGUAUGAAUCCAAUUCCAAAAAAAAAAACACUCACACUCACUACAGAAAAACACAAAAACCUCUAUGAUAAGUUGAAAUACGUGUGUAUCGAUUGGAUCCAUGGCUAUCCAAUCAAAUGAAACCCUGAUGUCAUAAAAAUACAACAACAACUCCCGAGAUAUAAAAUGUAAAAUAAACGCCCGAAUACCAAGAAAAA